AUGACGACACCAACAGAAAAUCAAUCGCAACUUCCCCUUGAAGUAAUUCAGUCGAUUUUACAUCACUUUAUCGACGAUUGUAAAACAACGACAUCGGAUUAUAUGAACAGCGCAGAUCCUCCGUUUUUGGAGCAUGCUGCUUUAAUACAGCUCCUACAAUUACGAUUAAUUAAUAGAUUAUGGUCAAACGCAGUUAUACCUUUUGCCUACCGGUCCCUCAAGUUAACAUCAGCCUUAAUGAUUAGCAAUUUGGUGGGAACUUGGAAAACAACACUGGUGUUUGCAAACAAUGCUCACUUGCGAGGAUUGUGCUUUAACAAGAUGGCAUAUGUAAAAACAAGUAUGAGCGGUGAUUCAAAUCAGGCAAUUCAAGGGUCGAAGAACUCCAAACUUGAUCUCCAGGAUUUCAACGUGUCAUCAACCUCGAUGUCAGAUGUUGCGGAACUCAUCAGUCUCUGCAGCACGACUUUAUCUGAAGUCAAAUUGGUAUUCGACGGCCCGGUUGGUUUCACAUCAAGAUUUAUUGAUAGUAUAAAACAAGUUGACAAUUUAACAGCAUUGAUAAUAACCGGCACUCCCAAAUCUGACGACAGCGAUUCCGAUUCGUUAAACAACCUCCUUAAUGCCAUUACCCCUUUGAAAUCCUUAUCACUUAUGUUUCCUUCAAUACCGUCUUUACGUUUAAAGACAACCGCGUUGCCACACCUCAAGCAUUUGUGUUUUUUGUAUUAUAGCAGUAACGUUGAAGUCAUACGUGAUUUUUGUCAAGAUCAAAAGGAGAAAGUUAGAUUUGUAGAAUGUGCCCCGCCACCUGAUUAUGUUGACCCAAGUGCAGUGAUUCUAGGUCUGCAGGAGUCGCUUGAAAUACUAUUUAUGGAUUCAAUACCAGACGGGCUUCCACGUAGCGUCUACAGCACCAUAUUCCCUCGCCUCAAGAUUAUGCGAUGCUUUGAUUGCAGCUCCAUGCGGCCCGACCUCAGGUGGCUAACUCUUCCCGUCGUUCAAAACCUGGAGGUCUUUAUCACGAAUUAUUGGUUGUCAGAGAAAUAUUGGAUCAGUCAGUUAAGAAGCUUAAACAGUAAUCAGUUUGUUAAACCGGUGAAUUGGAAAUUGUUGAUUUUAAUAACUUACAAGGGUGAUGAGAUAAAUCUCGGGUUGGUUAGAUUGUUCAAAAGAUUUGGAAUACGUUGUGAAUUCAAAGGUGAACUGAGCUAUGAAGAUAUAUUAGUAAGUAAAUAUUUCUUUGAGAUCGAAGUGUUAGACUACAUCUGA